GUCCCUUCCGGGUGGCGGCGCCCGCACCGAAGAUGGCGGCGCCCAUCAAGAUCAAGGCGAGCGAGCGGGGUUAGGGCCGCGCCGUCGGGGCCGCCGCGGCCAUGGGCAACGCGCUGGGCCCCGCCGCUCGCCGGGCGCCGCGCCGGGCCGAGCCGCUCGGGAACCCCGGCAGCUUCGACGAGCUGCACCGGCAAUGCAAAGAGGUUUUCCCCCAGCAGAUGGAGGGGGUGAAGCUGAUCGUCAACAAAGCGCUGAGCAGCCACUUCCAGGUGACCCACACCGUCCACAUGAGCACCCUCGGGCCUUCCAGCUACCGCUUCAACACCACCUACGUGGGUGACCGGCAGCUCAGCCCCACCGAGGCCUUCCCCACGCUGGUCGGGGACAUGGAUAACUGCGGCAGCCUCAACGCCCAGGUGCUGCACCUCGUGGCGGAACGAAUCCGGACCAAAGCCGUCUUCCAGGACCCCGUUGCGGUGCCGAUCCCAUUCCAGACCCAUCAGUCCAAGUUCGUGACGUGGCAGUUUGACGGCGAGUACAGGGGGGACGACUGCACGGCCACCCUCACGCUGGGCAACCCCGACCUCCUCAGCGAAUCCGAGCGUGACCUCCCGCUUGGUGCUGGGUGGAGAGAUGGUUUAUCACCGGCGGCCCGGCGAGGAGGGGGCUAUCGUCACGCUGGCGGGGAAAUACACGGGUAUGAGGGGGAGCUGGGGCACCCCGUGCUCGAAGGGGCCCCGAGGAGAGCCCGCAGGCGCAGCGUGGGGCCACCUCGCCGUCCCCAGGGAUGUCCCGGGCUCCCCUCGGCCCUUUUGGGGUUUCUUUUUUGUUUGUUUUUUCCAGCUCUCAAGUGGGUGGCGACGCUGAACGUCGGGUACGGCGGCGCCCACGCCAGUUAUUACCACAAAGCCAACGAGCAGGUCCAGGUUGGGGUGGAGCUGGAGGCCAACACACGGCUGCAAGACACCACCUUCGCCUUUGGCUACCAGCUCAACCUGCCGCAGGCCAACAUGGUCUUCAGAGGGCUCCUGGACAGUAAUUGGUGCGUAGGGGGAGUGCUGGAGAAGAAAUUACCCCCCCUGCCCGUCACCCUGGCUCUGGGCGCUUUCCUCAACCACUGGAAGAACCGUUUCCACUGCGGCUUCAGUGUCAUCGUGGGCUGAGGAGGCUGGGGGUGCCCGAGCAGAGCGAGCACCCACCUGCGCGCAAGCCGGCAGAUCCUGCCACCUUCCUGCUCAGGGAGCCUCGGCGCGCCGCGAGGGCGCCGGCCGGCGCCCCACUCCCGGCCCGUGGGCCUGCCGCCCGCGGGGGUGACCGAUUUUUUCUUUCCCCCCCCCUCCUCCGUCCCAGGACUGACCGCGCUGCUGGGGCUUGGGGUGGUGGGGGCGGGCCGUGCGCAAGGGGGGCGCCGGUGCCUCGCUGCUGGGGGACACCGUGUGACAGCGUGUGACGGCGUGUGAGCUAUUAAAGCCUUGGGGCUGAUGAGCGGCUGCUUUUUGGCGGUGGGGGGGGGACGAUGGGGACAAGCGGACGCGUUGCUGCCCGGGCCCUGGGGGGACCUCCGUCUUUCGCAGGUUGGGCUCUUGCCACCCCGCGUGGUCCCCGGCUCUUGCCCGUGCUGCUCUCCUCGAGCAUCCCUCUUUCCUUCCGCUCCCACCUCUCCCUGGCCUCAGUUUUCCUCCGGCCGCGUGAGGAGCCGCUCCGAGCGGCGGAGGACGUGGCACGGGCUGGAAGUGCCCGGCAGUGCCUGGAGCCAGGGGCGCGUUCACACAAACGCAUCUACGGAGCCUGGAAAAAUAAAGGAGCUUUAUUCUACCUUGUAAA